GUAAAAUAUGAAUGAAGAAGGGAAGGUUUUGUGAAAUAAAUAAAUACAAAAUGGCCUACGUAUUGUUUAGGUUUGGGAAUUUGGGUUCGGCAAUUAAUUUUUAAUUUCUAGAGGGAGUCGAUUUUCACACAUCAUACAUCUUAUAAAGUAUUAAUCAAACAAAAAUUUACUUGACCGGAGUAAUUAAUGAUAUAAUAAUUUUAUACCAUGGCUUAUGCUUUGAAGUGACUGUAGCCCUGGCCUGAAGUAUAAUAAUUUUCAGUGGAAAUCAUGACUUCAAAACAGGAAUUCAACUGUGUAUUUUGCAAGGAUGUUUUUGAGAAUAAAGAGGAUUUACAAGAACAUUUUAGGAAACACGGAGACCCCAAGUAUAAAAAUCGCUUCGAAGUAGAUCCUCAAGCGUCAGAUGAGAAGUCUCGGGAGAAAGCCGAGUUGGUUAGCUGUGACGUUUGUUCGCAAGUGUUUCCAACAAUUUCAAAGGCUAUAACUCACAAACACAAGGUGCACCCCGACCACGAUGCGAAGUAUUUCUGUCCGUGGUGCGGCAAACUGUUCACGAUGAAGCACUUGUACAAUGUACAUGUUCAGGCAAGCCAUGCCACUCAAGAGAAAAUUGAAGAAAAGUGUUUCCGCUGUGACAGUUGCAGUGUAGACUUUUUCAUUCCCUCUGCAAUGAUUAACCAUAAUAAAUUCUUCCAUAGACAGGAUACGGACCUACCAGAUGUAGGGCACUCAAAAAAGAUUAAAUAUUAUCAACAGGAGAUCGUCCCAAUCUACUAUUGUGCAUUUUGUGGGGAAGAGUAUGAAAAUAAAGUUAAUCUAAUAAAGCACAUAUCAGACGACCAUGGUGAUGAGAACCAAACUCCUGAAGAAGUACUGAAGUGUCCAAUGUGUGAGGCAGUCUUUUACCAUUUGGAUGCUUAUGAAAUUCAUCUCACUUUCCAUUCUUCUGAAGAUAUGUACAGCAUUAAUAAUUCUCAAUUUGGUGAUUUACUGGAUUAUUCUUUGGAAACGCUACCACCAAUAAUAGAAAAAGUGACAAACUUGGAACCAGAAGAUACAGAUGCAGAGUCAACUUUGAAUGCUGUAGGAAUAGAAAAGUUCUUGGAGUUAGCCAUGGAUCAAUCGGAUGAAACCAGUCCUGUUAAAGUAAAAAAACACAAGAAACAUAAAAAAUCCAAAAAAUCUGCUAUAACUCUCGACGAAUUCCUGAGCAUGAACCAAGACGUGUUUGGUGAGGGCCUAGACUUUCAAGGUAUCGAAGAGGUACCCACGCGAGUUGUUAAAAAACAGCUUAAAAAUAAUAAGAAAUCUAUCAAUUCUGUAGUUACUUCUGCUGAGCUGGAUAAAUUAAAAAAGGCUGGUAUUGUCGUCAAAAGAAAAGUUGAGAGAGUUCCACUCAACAAAAGUAUUAAAAUAGUUUCUUCUAUGCCAAUCAAAAGUGCUUUGCAUAAACCUGUUAACAAAAUAAAUAAAGUUAGAGAGAUAGAAACUUCUAGUGCAGUAUUGACUAAAUUAAUGAAUCAGAGCAAUAAUCAAAUUAAAAUAGUGAAAAAAGUUAUUCCUAAUACCUCAGUAAGUGAUCCUAGUAAAACUAAUGAUGAUGUUUCCCCUGAAAAAACUGAAGAAAUCGAAAGCCAUGUGGAGGAGAACAAGAUUGAUGCUAAUCAGAAAAUAGAAGAACAUAACUCUCCUAUUCCUAAAAUAGAUGACGACGAAAAGGAUUUACCAUCACCAAAUUCAAAAUUAUUAUCAGUAACUGAUCCUGCCGUUGAUAGGUUUUCACAAAGCAACGUUGAUUCUAACGUGGUCGAAGAUACUGAGAAUACCGAUAAUAGUCAGAAAAUUAAGGAAAUAUCCGAAAUUCAAAAUAAUUCACCUCAUCACUCACCAAAACCAGUGCAAAACGAAACGUGUCAAGAAAUCGCUAAUGGUGAAGACACCGAACAAGAUAAUAAUGGAAGCGAAAAAUUUGAUUCAGAUACAGAGUUAGAAAAUAAAUCAGAAGCUCAAAAUAACGUUAACGAUGAUAAAAUUGUUGACAGUAGAAGAGUGCCUAUUAACGACAACAGAAGCCAGAAUAACGUUCUUAGUUCAUCAGCUAGUUCUUUAUCUACAUUAAAACAUUUAGGUCAUCUAACUGUGAAAUCUAUUAGCACCAAUCAAAUUAAAAAUGACAUAUUAACAGAACCUACAACUGACGAGAAAAUUAUGGUUAAAAAUUGUCAAUCUUCCAACAGUGACAGUAAAAAGGAAACUUCCGAGCCACCUCUCGGUACUGAUAAACUAAAUGUAACCAAGCAAAAAAAUAUUGUUGAAAAAGACCCUACAAUGGACGCUUUGAAAGCUUUAGGUAAAAAUAUUACAAUCAAAUCCUUAUCAUCUAAAAGGAAUAUUGAUGCAAGUGACCAUGAAGAUGACGAAAUUGAUGAAUGUGAACCAACAACAAAUAAUCUGAAAUCUGCAGAUUUAGGUGGUAAUAAAAAUAUAACAAUAAAAAAAAUGAAAGUGGAAACAAAUGAACCUACGCCAAAUAAAACUAGAAAUCUACCCAAUCAAGAUAGAAAAUGUAAUCCUGGAAAACAAGUAGUAGGUCAAAAAAUUCUGAAUAACGUACCGGGUGCUGUCACAAAUGAAAAGAGUGAUAACAGUAUAUCAACGUCAAAUGCAAAUAUUUUAAAACGGCUUACAAAUAUAACAACAAAACCGAUAGUGAACAAGGCCAACAGUCCCUCGCCACCCAUCAAACAAGGCAAUGUGGCCAAGAAAGUUGUUGAAACUGAAAAGCAACAAGAAGAAAUAAUAGAAAUAUUUGACAUUGAUGACUCUGAAGAUGAAGAUGACGUCGGUAGUAAACCGCAACAUUCGGAAAACUCAAUGAAAUCCAUGGAUGCAUUAAAAAAUCUUAGUAAGAACAUUACAGUGAAAUCUUUAAAUCAGCAAUCAGUAAAACAAAAUGUAAAAACUGAAAAUAACAUUAAGUUGGAGAAAGAAGACAGUAACAGCCAGAAUACAUUUAAAAGUCAAAAUAAUAUUAAUGAUCGAAUUAAUAUGCAGAAUCGUAGUACGGGAGUUCAAAAUGUCUUACAAGGUUUAUGUAAAAAUAUAACAAUAAAAUCUCGAAAUACUUCAUCAAGUCAAUUUGUGCAAUCAGAAGAAAAUAUAACGCAAGAAUCUAAAGUAUUUGAAGAUGACGAUGAUGUUGGCUCCGAUAUUUCAGAUAAUGUAGAAAUCACGGAACUUGAAGAAGACUUUGAUGAUAGUGAAGAUAACUCGGAAAUGCCUGAAAAGACAAACGAAAAUAUGAAUAAUCCCAUUAUUGAAUCGCCACACGACUCGGGCAGUGACAACGAACAUUUUGAUGAAGACAUACAUGACUUCGAAACUGACAUAAAAGUCAGCACUGUACAAAAGAGUAACAAAACUAUGAAUUCUACCAUUAAUUCUGUGUGCUUUAAUAACUUAAAAAAUAUUAAUAAAAAUAUAACAAUAAAAUCAAUAAGUAAAAAUCCUGCAAGUGACGACAUAUCUAAACAAGCUAAUGAUAGUCAAGAAACCUCGCGUAUUCAGAAUAAAACAAUUCCUACAAAAAUAUUUAACAAAGUAGGACAAGAAUCCGCGAAUGAUAAUAUUUCAGUCAAUAGGAUUUCAAAAAUAUCAACUCAACCUCUGAAUAAGAGGAUGUCUGCUAUGAAUGAAGUAAGCACAGUAAACAAAGAGGUAACAGUAAAAACAAUACAAACCAAAACUAUGAUACAAGAAAUAACGACGACAGUUACUAAAACAAUAAAAACAGUCAACCAGACCAUGAAACAAGAAGUACGAAACACGUCAUUUCAAUCUAAUAAACCUAUAGCGGCACAACGAAUCCAAGGCAUGAAGCCGAGCCAGUCAACAAAUUUUCAAGGAGUUGUAAUAAGGCAUGCGCCACCCAGUGUAGGAGUUAGAGCAACACAUAUUAGACCGGCCAACACUGUCGUGAGACCUUCGAAGCAAAUUGUGCCUGCAAGGCCACGAAUGAAUCUAGCGAGGCCCAACAAUUCUGCAAGGCCCAGUAAUCCAACAAUGGCAAUAGGUACGAAAGUUAUACCAGCACCUACGCCAAACAAGCCACCAGUGAUAGGGAAACCCCUAAAAGUUUCACCUGGAGCAAUGGCUUCAGGAACCGCAAAAAGACUCAAUACUGAAGAUGUGAGUGGGCCUUUCAGUUGUUUUAAGAAACCGAAAGAGUCUUUGAUACCUGUAUCUGAUAUACCUACAUUUGGUAACAGUGACGUGACUGCCUUUACUUCCGCGUCACAUACCAGUAGUUCUAACUUUACAAGUACUACAAAAGUUGUAAAGGGCAAUUCGGUGGUUAGUGCAAAACAAGUGAAAUCAGAAGUAAAUGCGUCUUCACAGCAGAUCAGUAGACUGAAUAAUGCAACUGGAAUGAAAAUAAUGACUAGUCAACAAAAACAAUCUCAAGUGCAUGAAAAAAGCGAAUCAAGUCCUAUGAAGCGGACUACCUUAGAAGCUAUACAGAGGUUACAGAAACAGGGUCUUUUGGUGAAAAAGCCGCGAACAGAUGUGAAUGAGGAUAACGAAGGUUCCGAUCACGAUAGUGACGAUAAUGUAGGAAACUGUCCAACAGAGGAACAGGACGCAUAGUUAUAGAAUAACAUCUGUAAAUAAUAUUAUUUAGCUAAAAGUUGACUGAUCCAAUUAGACUUAUAUUCUUGUGCAAGCCAAGUCCUAGAAAUAAUGAUUUUGUAAAUUUUCCAGAUUUGUUUACCGCUGUUUAUACAGCAUGUUUAAUGUAUUUAUUUUGUUAAUUGAACUAAGCAUAAAAUGUGAUGUAAAUAUUGCGUAAGGCAAAUACACAACUAAUAUGAAUAAGAGUUA